AUGGGUGUCAACCCAGUUGCUUGUGUCUUUGUUGGUUACAGUGAUCAACAUCACGGAUAUCGGUGUUUUCAUCCAUCUACAGGGCGCUUAUAUAUUUCCAGACACGUGGUUUUUAAUGAGUCUAAAUUUAACUAUGCUUCUACCAACACUCCACCAUCUUCUCCGACCCCUGACAUUGUUUUUGUACCAGUUCUCCCACUUGCUCACUCAUUAUCUGCUCCUAUUGUCACACAUGUGCCUUCUGAAGUACAUGUAUCUGUAGCAUUAUCACAUCCACUACCCUCUUCUCCGGCCCCCAUUGUUCCAACAACUCAGGCUGCUCAUGAUCCUCCUGAUCCAUCAUCGCCUACUUUGUCUACACAUCCAACAGAAUCUCCACCGGAGACUCUUCCAUCCACUACAUCUACAUCGAAUCCUUUAUCCUCUCGGUCCAGCCCAAUCCAAACACGAUCCAAGUCUGGCAUCUUUAAGCCCAAAAUGCAUUCUUAUAUUGCCACCAAAUAUCCUAUUCCUCAUGCAUUGACUGCUCUUCUCACCCCUGAUCUUGACAUUGUGAUCAACAUCACGGAUAUCAGUGUUUUCAUCCAUCUACAGGGCGCUUAUAUUUCCAGACACGUGGUUUUUAAUGAGUCUGAAUUUUACUAUGCUUCUACCAACACUCCACCAUCUUCUCCGACCCCUGACAUUGUUUUUGUACCAGUUCUCCCACUUGCUCACUCAUUAUCUGCUCCUAUUGUCACACAUGUGCCUUCUGAAGUACAUGUAUCUGUAGCAUUAUCACAUCCACUACCCUCUUCUCCGGCCCCCAUUGUUCCAACAACUCAGGCUGCUCAUGAUCCUCCUGAUCCAUCAUCGCCUACUUUGUCUACACAUCCAACAGAAUCUCCACCGGAGACUCUUCCAUCCACUACAUCUACAUCGAAUCCUUUAUCCUCUCGGUCCAGCCCAAUCCAAACACGAUCCAAGUCUGGCAUCUUUAAGCCCAAAAUGCAUUCUUAUAUUGCCACCAAAUAUCCUAUUCCUCAUGCAUUGACUGCUCUUCUCACCCCUGAUCUUGAACCCACCUGUUACACCCAAGCCUCUCGCUUCCCUCACUAG